UUUUCACCUUUCCUUCACUGUGUUUAAAUCACACCAGCUGUUUCCAAAGAUAGAAGCUGUUUGUCUCACUGUAAAAAUCACAGGCGCCUCUCCUGCUGUGUCAUGCCAGGAGAAUCAUUUUUUGCCAACUUUCUGAAAGGCAUACCGGAACCUACCAUCCUAUACAUGGGGCAGAGAGAGAGUUGAGGGAAGUUGGGGAGGGGCUUAUGGUCCAGCUGACCUCACAGCUGUUGGGAGCAGAGGAAGCCACCGAUGCACCACAUCACACUCGGGGCACACCCUGCUGAAGAUACUCCAUGCAACGCGGAGUGGACAAGAGGUGGUAAAGUAGAGGGACGGCAAGAGUUUUCAUAACGGGCAGCUACAGCCUGUACAGCGAGAGAUGGAACUGCUGAAUCAGUGAAACUGCAUGAGAAGGUGGGAGAAGUGUAAUAGCCACGUUCAAAGACUUAAAACAGACCGUGUUGCGUUAGAGUUCACUCCUUUUGCAGGGUUUAAAGCCACAACGUCCCCUUUACCGUUCAGCAAGCCAGAAAAAUGAGCCAGAUGGAGGAAGACAAGGUGGCGUGUUUACCAAGGUUGUCCCGCGUCGCUGUGUGUGGCGGUACGCAUGGCAACGAGCUGUCUGGGGUGUACUUGGUGAGAGAGCUGCUGAAGGCGAAGAAGAAAGUGAUGGAGGAGAAGGAGCCAGUGCUGAUGGUGCUGUCAAACCCACGGGCCAUGCAGCAGUGCAGCAGAUACAUAGACACAGACCUGAACCGUUGCUUCACCCAAGCCACCCUCAAUGGUCCCACAUCAGACUUGGCCCCCUAUGAGAUAAUCAGGUCCCGACAACUGAAUGUGAUGUUGGGUCCAAAAGGCAGUCCUGAGGCAGUGGAUCUCAUUUGUGACCUCCACAACACCACUGCCAACAUGGGCCUGUGCUUCAUCACAUACUCUGACAGUGACUGGAUUUGCCUGCACAUAUUCAGACACCUACAGAGGCAGAUGCCCGAUGUACCAAUGAGGUACAUCAAUUUUGACAUCUCGCAUAAAGAAUCAUAUUCCCUUGAUUCAGUUGGAAAACAUGGUUUUGCGAUGGAGAUUGGCCCUCAGCCCCAUGGUGUGGUGAGGUCUAACAUCUAUAGAGUGAUGAAAGAUGCAGUGCUGCACAUGCUCGACUGGGUCCAUUUCUUCAACUCGGGGACCAUUUUUGAAGGAGGAUUUGUGGAUGUAUUCACUGUGGUCCGACACAUUGACUACCCAAGAGAAAGGGAGACUCGUAACAUCAUAGCAGCUAUUCAUCCUCAACUCCAGGACAGAGACUUCUGCCUGCUCCACCCAGGUGAUGCGCUGUUCCAGACGUUCUCGGGUGAAACACUGAGUUACAACGGCAAUGAACCUCUUUAUCCUUUCUUUGUCAACGAAUGUGCUUAUUAUGAGAAGGGCAUUGCUCUCUACCUGGCGAGAAAGAGGCACGUGAUGAUUCCUGUGAUUCGGGUGCAGACAGAGAAGGAGCAGCAAAUUAACAAAGAGGGAUUUGAAUCAGAGGAAGAGUGAGCAAGGCCUUUUGAAACACAAUGAUACUGGUGUGACUUUGUGGAAUAAAUUGUUUUGUUUUUUA